UUACAUAUACUUCUAUAGGACUGACCGCGGCUUAAAAGUCAUACUAGCGUCAUCAUUUGCAGUGGUAACAAGUUAUAGAGAAAGAGUAUCAAUAAUAUUAACAAUGCAUCGCUCCGUUAAAGUUGAAGGAAGUCCAGGCCCCAAAGCAUUUUCUCGUGGAGUUCCCCUUCACGCGGAGGAUGAGACCACUACAAAGAUGGCCCAGAGUAGUAGUAAUAAUAAUUAUUCUAAAAAUGACAUAGAGCCCCCACCGCAGCUCCCUGUCAAGCAUCGCAACUAUUAUUGUUGCCGUAACUGUCGGCGUAUUCUAGCAGAAUCGCAGUGGUAUGCUGAAGGCUGUAGCGAAUGCGGUACGGGCCCUAUCCGUCGAGAUGAAUUGCUUGAGUAUGCUAGUUCACAUUUUCACAACUUCUUUGGUCUGAUUGCACCUGAAAAGUCAUGGGUAGCACGUUUAAUUGGUAAAAAACGUUGCCUCAAUGGCGUUUUCGCCGAAGCCAUCUCAGACGAGGACCUUGGGGAUGACAAAGAGGACGCUGAAAUGGAUAACGUCUCUGAGCAUGAACCUGAAAGAGAUCGCUUGCUUAGUGUGGGAGCCCACGUUGCCGAAGAAACUAGCCUUAACAACAGCGAGUUGUGGCGCGAUUAGUUUCGGAUUUAAUGUAUGGGAAUGCUCCUUUUUUUGGAAGGAUUUGUUCUAGCAGGUAUUGCAAUAACUAGCUAAUUGUAUUAAUACUCUUAAGAGUAUUUUUCAUUUCACUAUUUACAACGCAGGAUUUUUUUCUCGUUGCUAAAUAUAGAUGGAAGGGGGUGAGGAAAAGGGGAGAGUCCCUGGAGGAUAAAUUAGAUAACGCAUGAUCAUUUGUGAGACCGUAUUGUCCCCCGUGACCAUUCCUCCUUAUUGCGUCCUAUCU